AUGCGGGUAAACCUUAGUGUCAACUUGGUGGCCAUGGUACCAGUGACCAAUCACACUGAAUCUGUUUCACAAGUGGUGCUGGACUGGACGCCAUACCAGCGCGCCUAUGUACUUAGUGGCUACUUCUGGGGUUACUUAGUGGGGAAUUUAUUUGGCGGACCACUGGCAACUGAACUUUGGGGUUCACGUCGAGUGAUUUUCAGCACCACUCUAUUCAGCGCCAUACUAACGCUACUUAGCCCUGCAGCUGCCAAGCAUAGUUUUAGUAUGAUGUUAGCACUAAGGGUUAUUCUCGGGUUCUCCGGAGUUUCACCACCAGUACGACAAAUGCUUACAUCUAUUCCGGUACUGUCCUUAUGCGUUCUGAGCUUCGGCACUGGUUGGGGUAUAUAUUUCAUUAUAACUGCCGCUCCAAACUACCUGGCAAAUGCUCUUGGAUUCAGGAUAACCGCAACUGGUUUGCUAUCUGGUGUUAUAUAUUUACUGAGAUCUGUUUGCAAUUUUUUGUUUGGAUAUCUCGGAGAUAUCACAUUGAAGAAGAAGCUGGUGUCAUUGCGACUGUUAAGGACGGUUGCGUGCAUUUUUUCCCACGUGAUACCAGGCAUGUUGCUCUUGAUUCUGGCGAUACCUGGAUUUUCGGCGUCUGUAUAUUUGACUAUAAUUAUGACAGCCAUGGCAAUAAAUGGCUUUGUAACAUUAUCAAGUGCUGCUAACGGAUACGACUUGACGAACAAUUUUAUCGCUCAACUCGGUGGUCUAGUAACAUCCCUAAUAACGUUUGCUGGAAUAAUAUCACCCAUAGUUACAGCGUACUUUACCAAAUACAACGAGGUACAUGUAGAAGCAUGGCAGCCAGUUUUCUACGUAUCAUCAUUCGUGCUCGUUGCUUCGGGUUUACAAUUUAUUAUAUUUGGCUCUACAGAAAUACAACCGUGGAACGAAAUCAACGACUUUACUUUUAAUCGUUGA